AUAAGUUAACUAGUAAAAGACAUAAACUCAUCGCAAAGAAGAGGAAGAAAUGAACAAAAGUCCUCUGAACCAGUUUUAGCAAAAACCAAUAAGGACGAGAGAAGUGCAUGCAGAGAGAUUAAUAAACCAACAAAUAAAUAAAACGGAGGACGGGGAACAGUCAGUUCCGUCCAUGGCGGGUCUUCAGAGAUCCACCAUCUCUUUCCGGCGACAAGGCUCUUCGGGUAUAGUCUGGGACGACCGCCUCAUCGCCGAGCUUAGCCAACAAGCCAACAACCAGAAGAAAGGCGAUACCCAUCCACAGGUCGACGGCCAGGCGGCGUCCGAACUUCAAGAGCAGAUCACUGCUAAACCCAUCGCCGGAGAAGGACUCGUGCCGGAGAGGAGUCGAUCCAACGGCGGGGGCGGAGGAGCUAUCCGCCACCAUAGAAACACGGGGAGAGUGUCUCCGGCGGUGGACCCGCCAUCGCCGAGACUGUCGGCGUUUGGGUGUUGCCCUGCGUUUGGGAAGAAGCCUAGUCAGAGGAAAAGGCCAACGAAACGCAGAUCCAGGUAGGCGCCACAUAUUUAUAUAUGAACACCACAAAGUAGUAAGAAGAACACACACAAACACGUGAAAAACUAAGGCAAAGAGAAGAGAGUGAUCGUACAACAUAUAUAUACUUUAAUGGAUCUCUUUAAUUACUUUUCUGUUUUUGUUUGUCUUCUUUACUUUUAAAUUCUACUAUAAACUUGUAUUAUGAACUUUCAACUCAUC